CCUUUUCGAAAAACGGGUUAUAGCUUCCUAAUUUGGGAAUUGGGAUAUUCAGAUUCAGAAUUUUCAGUUGAUACAUGUCAUCACGCUUAUAGCAUUCUCUUGCUUCCUAUCGAAGACGACUCCCAAAUCAAACCAUUUUCUACCCGCAUAACCCGCCCAAAUUCUCAUUUCGCAUCCUCCGAUUCUGAGCGCAUCCUCUUCAAUUGUACCUCUUAUCUCUCCAUUUCACAGAUUCGGUGUUGCAGGUGUGAAAAUUGAUUUAGAUUUGUCUGGAUUAGGUCAAGAUGGUUUCGUUCGAAAUGAAUGAUCGGAAAAAGAUUGGGCUAGGAUUGACGGGAUUCGGGGUGUUUUUCUCAUUCUUGGGGAUCAUUUUCUUCUUCGAUAAGGGACUAAUUGCCAUGGGAAAUAUCCUCUUCUUCUCAGGGGUGGCACUAACCAUUGGUCUCAAGUCAUCGUUGCAAUUUUUUAUGAAACGGAGCAACUAUAAGGGAACAGCUUCAUUUGGUGCUGGCUUUUUCUUUGUUGUCAUUGGUUGGCCUAUAUUGGGAAUGAUUCUUGAAGCUUAUGGAUUCAUUGUACUCUUCAGUGGUUUCUGGCCAACACUGUCAGUAUUCCUGCAAAAGAUACCUAUUCUAGGUUGGAUCUUCCAGCAGCCGUUUGUCAGAUCGUUCUUUGACCGCUAUCGUGGGAAACGUGUCCCUGUAUAAUCUCAGUUCAAUGGUGCAAAAUUAAGCGACAUUGAGUAACCCCACUCGUACGUUUGUAAAGUACUGUGUUCUCAAGUUUUACGUCUAGUUGUCUAGAAGGGUGUUGACAGUAUAGUUUGUUUGCAGUUUAUGAUUAUGAGCCUUGUUGGCUCCUGGUGAGUUCUAGAGCAAGUAACAUAAUUUUUUAUUGAUUUUGCAAGUAACAUAAUUCCGAUUUUAUCUUCUCAAUUUAUUGAUUUACUACUCUGUUGAUGCACUGCCCA